AUGCAAGGGACGGUUAAAACCUCUCAUUUACUUCCAUUUCGGGUAGAAACAAAUGUGCGCAUUGCAAGGCCACUGCAAACGGCAGACAGAGUCAGAAACACAAACGUCCUUCAGAGACGAAGAUUUAUAACCGUUGGUUUGGCACAGGAACCAGCGGUGCAUAGGCAUUCGAUGGUGAACUUGGGGAUGAACGCAAAAGACAUAGAGCUGCUUCCGACUAUGGAGAUCUCGGAAGACGUUGAUUUCGAACAAAGCAUAUGUGUAAUAUGCAGAGAAGAGUUUCGACACCGAGAACGGGUCACCCUUCUUCCAUGCAAACACGUGUUUCACCCGACGUGUAUAAAACAGUGGCUAGGGGGAAAGGGAAUAUGCCCUUCGUGCCGUCAGCCCGCGUCAUUUACCACAGCACAAAAAUGA